AUGAAUAUUUAUUGGGCUCAAGAUCCAGACAACAAAAAUUCAAGUUGUAGCCUUUGUAGGUCCGGAUUGAAUGAAUCAAUUGGAGAACAAAGAAGUUGCUCAAACGACGUCGUACGCCUUGUGCCUCUCUCACCAAGCGAAGAAGUUCCGGCAUCUCAUUCCGGCCACCGUUUCCUUGUUUCUCCGUUUAUCAGCUCCUGCGAUUGGCUCUCUUGUAUAACAACAAGUACAGAGAAUCACAAUGCUACGUGUGACUUUCACAAAUCGGUUUCAAUUCCCACCCACAGCUUUUCAAGCUUUGCCUCUGGCUUCACUCCAUUGAAGCACAAGCCAUUGGAAUCCCUCAUUGACGUUGAAAGAGCAAAGCUUCAAACUCCAGAGGAUCUAGCUUCAAUUUGGGAUGAUUUUCACAUUGGAAGAGGUCAUAUUGGUGCAUCAAUGAAGACAAAGUUGUAUAAAUUGCUUGAACACAGAGCUGCUGAUUGCCGAUAUUUUGUGAUUCCAGUGUGGAAAGGAAGCGGUUAUACAACGAUGUUUAUGCAAGUACAAAUGCCACAUAUUCUUUUUACUGGACUUGAAGAUUACAAAGCAAGAGGAACUCAAGCCUCUCCUUACUUCACUAUUUCUCAUUACAAAGAAUUUUGUGAAACAAAGGAUUUAGUUCUUAUUCGAGGUGAUGUUGUCUUUACAAGCAAAUUAACCGAUUCAGAGGCAAAAUGGCUUUUGGAAACUGCACAAUCUUUUUAUUUAAAUGACAUGAGGUACAAAUUGGUUGAACGCUUUAACAAAAACACAAUUCGGAAGAGCUUGGAUUGGUGCAUUGAUGAAGACAAAAUUGUAUCAUUUGAUGAAGCAUUUGUCUGAAAAGUUAGAAGAAUAUCUUACCUGUGUGAUGGAGUCGAGAAGGCGUCACUGAUUGAAGAGUACUCUGGCGGUGGCGGAGGUCCGGCGAGAGGCAGAGGUCCGACUCUGUUUGGCGUUCACUCGCUGUGGAGUUCUUCCUGUAUGGCGGCUGCUGUGCUUUUAGGUCACUGGGAAGGGACGGGAAUGGGGGAAGAAAGAAUAAAGACGCAGGGGCAAGAUGGUCUAAUUUCCAGUCAGCAAUUGUUAAAAAACUGA